GCUCCAGCAGGAAACUCAAUUUCUAUUUGAAGCUAUCCCUGGGCAUGCUCUCCUUUUAUUUCAGGCCAUGGAGGAGAAAGAGGCAAAAUAGCAGAGAGGUGCCAGGGAGCAGCACAGCCAAGCCCCCGAGGGCGGUGAGGCCACGUCAGUUGCCAAACUUCUGGGUUGAGUGAAGUGGCUGAAAUGCCACCCAAAAGGUGACAGGGGUGCUGCUCCGGUCACAAACUGUCGACUGCUUCAGCACGUGACGAUGCAUUUCUCGGUGCGGCUCCCCUCCCUGCCAAUCCUACAAGCGACCAGCGUAAGGUCUGGAAACUUCUGACAAAGAUUAUGAGCAAAGCACACGAGCGGGACUUUAAUUAACUCACUCACCCCAUAACGAAGCUCCUCCCCAGAGCGGACACGAUGAUCUGGUAACCGAAGCCUCAGACACGGAUGCCAGGGCUGAACCUUUUUAUUUCAGCAGCGACAACCUGAGGGCAACCUGGCUGCAGGACACAAGUGAGGAACAUGUUACCAUGCCAGGGCUGAGCACGGACCUGGAGCACAACCAUGAUGAACAGCUCGACCUGCACCGAAACAGACCUCAAGCCCUACUACGCCAUCACGUACACUUGCAUCCUGAUCCCUGGACUAAUAGGCAACACGUUAGCUUUGUGGGUCUUUUACGGGUACAUGAAAGAGACUAAAAGGGCCGUAAUAUUUAUGAUCAAUUUAGCCAUUGCCGACUUAUCACAGGUUUUGUCCUUACCCCUGAGGAUUUUCUACUACUUGACCGGGACAUGGGAAUUUGGAGGAGGGCUCUGCAUGCUUUGCUUCUACCUGAAGUACGUCAAUAUGUACGCAAGCAUCUACUUCUUGGUUUGCAUCAGCGUAAGACGGUAUUUGUUUUUCAUGUACCCGCUGAAAUUCAGCGACUGCAAACGCAUCUGCGAUGUGUAUAUCAGCAUCGUCGGGUGGGUCGUGGUCUGUGUUGGCUGUUUGCCUUUCCCGCUUCUCAGGCUUCACCAGGAAGCUAAAAACACGUGCUUUGUGGAUCUCCCCGUACAGGAAGUUGACCUUCCCACCUCCAUUGCAAUGAUGAUGAUAGGCGAAUUGGUGGGGUUCAUAACACCCCUACUCAUCAUCCUAUACUGCUCGUGGAAAACUAUCUUAUCGCUAAAAGAAAAAAACUCUGCUUCACGUGACCUCGGAGAGAAAAAAAAGGCUUUAAAGAUGAUUCUUACCUGUGCUCUGGUAUUUCUGAUUUGCUUUGCACCUUAUCAUAUCAGUUUUCCCCUGGAUUUCUUUGUCAAAACCAAAAAGAUUAAGAACGGGUGCAUUCAGAAGGUCAUCUCCGUGUUUCACGUCGUAGCUUUGUGCCUUGCCAGCUUGAACUCCUGUGUGGACCCAGUCAUCUACUACUUUACUACAGAUGAGUUCAGGAGACGCCUUUCCAGGCAGGAUUUGCAAGACAGCAUUCAGCUCCACAGCCUCAGUUACGUGAGGAAGCACUCCAGAGACGAGCUCACGGAGGACACCGUGGACUGCUAGCGCCGGCCCUCCCCAAACAGUCACCAGGACUUCAAAUGUUCGCUAUAUUUUGGGGUUUGGCCCAUUGGGUUUGUUGGGGUUUUUUUUCCCCCCCGGAUACUGAGAGCGACAACUCAGACAAGCUUCUGCUGAUUUCAGCAGAAACUCAAACCUGACCAAAAAAUUUGUUGAUUUAAUACUUUGGUUGCGAGUUUUCUCUGGAUAUAAGUAACGCCACGUAAUUCCCACAGGCCCUGUCUCUAAGCUGGGUGGCCGGGAGCAGGUAGCUUUGGCAGCAGGAGGAGGACAUGGACCCGUGGCGAGAGAUGAUGCUGUGCCCCGUUGUCACCGGCGGGGCCGUUACCCAGCCCAUUCCUGGUCACCCGCCCUGGCUUCAGGAAGAGGCAGCCAAGAUUUUGGGGUCUUGCUGUGCAGAAAGAAUUUGAUCCUAAAAAUGAGUAGGUGAUGCAGUAUUACGUAUUUCUGAAGCCAUGGAUGAUCCAGCAGUGACUGAUUUCUACGGAGAGUGCCAAGAGCCUGCCUCAAGCCAUGUUAACCACGGAGGAGGAACGUAAGGUGGCCCCAAAGGACUUGCCAGUGAAAUAAUUAACCAAGCCUCCGUUUUGGGGUGUAGCGAAUGACGUACCCUCAAAUCACAAAGUCACUGAAGCGUCCAGACACUAUUUUUCCGCCAUCAGUUCCCAUUCGUGGCUUGCAAGGCACGUGGUUUGAAGCCGUAUCGCUGCCUUGGAUAAGCUUUAACCAUGUUUGGGGGUAUUUAUUCAGGCUAGAUGAUCAUCAAGCCUUUCAGGUCCUCUUUUCACCAAAGAUGGGGCAGAUUAUUUCCCUUUCACUGCUAACUGACCCUGCGCCAUCACAUCGACUCUUCGGUAACAGCAGCUUGGUUAAAACGCAGUCAGAGGAACCAAACCCUUCUGAAUUUCACUGUCACAGGAACUCAGUAUAAGCGGAGUCAAAGGUGCCACCCAUCAGGCUAUGAGAGAUUUUUUAAGAAAGGCUCAAGGGCGGAUGUAUUUUUAAGAAGAAUUUCUUUAAAAUCAGUCAACAGAAGCUUCGGGCUCAACAGGCAUUUCAUUUGCACCUUUUGUAAAAUGUAUUUUUCUGUGAACAUUUGGAAUGUUACGUUU